CCUUACAGCUCCGCAACGCGCGAGCACUCUGCGGGGCAGUGUUUAUCAUAUCGAGCGAAAACAAUAUAAAAAGAAAGUUGUGAAACAUUAUCAGCUUUGAUCUUUUAACCGUAAUAUUAUUAAGAUAUUUUAAGGGCAAGUCGUUUUGGAGUUAUUGGCGUUUAAUCGCUGAAUGUGUCGGGAUCUUCGAAAACAAAACUAUCUUUACUCCGACGACCGACCGUUGAGCAAGUUAAUGAUCAACCCAAUGACAAAAGGCGCACCUAUUGGAGUGACAUGCAAACAAAUGUGACAAACUCAGCAAACUGGAUCCAUAGACGAUGACUUCCAUGAUGACAUGGAAUUGCCAACGUGUCACGUCUCAUCUAGUAAACAUGAAGCAAUGAGUGGAACAACAGGCCUAAUAAUAAUCAAAAUACCACAAGUAAAACAACGCUUUAGUUCAAAUAUGUUUAGUUGGAAAAUACGUAUAGCCUAUGCCUGAAAUGGUUAUUUUUAAGAAAUGUAUAUAAUAGUCAGUAUAAAAUACGUCUUUGUUGAAAAAGAUCCUUAAACAAGCAUUGUUUUCGUGUCUUAUUGGUUUGGCAAUAAGACACGGUCUGGACGAUCCACGUUCCAGCAAUGUACAACUGAAAUGCUGUAAAUCCGUUUAUGAUUGAUGUUUAAACCAUUUUGUGUUCUAGCUUUCUGGAGCAUAUUCACAUUUCAGAUUAUUCAGGCGCAUUUAAAUAUAAUAUCAUUUUUAAUAAGGAUACAAUCACUAGCGUAGAUCUAUUUCUCUCAACUGGCCCUGGGAGAUUUUAUCAACAUCACCACUUCAGCCUAACCAGAAUAUCUUGCUGUGCAAGGUGCAUGCCUGACGAACACCAAACUUAAUUAUUCUUAGCCCAGUAAGGAAGGACGGGUCUAACGGCGGAUUCUCUUGAUCAUACAAUUAAUUUCGGGUGUGUACUGCUCGUAAAGACACACAAGCACAGUCAACCCGGACCGAAGGCUCAGGUGUUUUAUUUCCGUAUACUGAAUCGACAAUUAUCGAGGACUUGCCACCCAUAAAGAUGGAAUAUAGAAAAUAAAGAAAAACGACUACCUUGGACAUCACAAUUGGAUACGAGUAAAUCAGCAUAAAGAGUUUUUCAAAUUAAAGGGAAGUUGUCCAGACAGGUUAAUAUGCAGAAGACGGAGGCAGCCGCAGCGCUAGGAGCAGCAUCGGACAGCGCUCAGCCCGCCGUGCCCGCGACCGCAGCUGCUGAAGCAGAAGCGGGAAGCGGGGACGCGCUGCUCCGCUCUGCCUCCGUCAGCUCCGCCGCAGCUCGUCUGUCUGCCUGUUGUCAUGGAGGAGCCAAGAUGGCGGUCCUGGCCUAUAGCCUGGGCAAACGGGAAAUAAAUCAGUAUUUCAACAUCAAAAAUGCAAAAUUGCUGGCUUCCGCCGCCGUCAUCCUUCUCACGGUGUUUCACACGGCUUCUCGACACUAUGGAGGCAGUGACACGUGUGACUGGCUUUUAUCCAGUGGGCGCUUUUUAGGUGACAAUGUAUGGCAGCCCAACGGCUGCAUGUUACACAAGUACAAAAGCAAUGAAGCUAAGGUAUGCCUCGGAGAGAAGAGAAUAGCGUUUGUAGGAGACUCAAGAGUACGUCAGCUCUUCUACUCUUUUGUCAAGACGAUAAACCCUGAGGUGAAAGAAGAUGGGAUAAAGCAUGAGAACAUCCCCUUUGUAAAUGAUGAAAUCACUGUGGACUUUCUUUGGUAUGCAGAAGUGAACAAUUCCUUAAAAGAGCAGUUGAUGUCAUGGGCAGAGGGAUCUACUCCCAUGCCUCAUGUCAUUAUCCUGGGCGCUGCUACAUGGUCUAUCAAGUUGCACAAUGGCAACAAUGAGGCACUCGUACAAUACAAGGCAAACCUGACUGCUAUAUCAGACACACUGGACAAACUAACCGAACACAGUGAAGUCUAUUGGGUUCUUCAAGAUCCUGUUUACGAGCAGCUGCUAAGCGAUAGUCGAAAGAUGAUCACGAACGAACAGAUAAACCUGUACAACGAGGCUGCAGUUAGUACACUGAGUAACAGCAAAAAGAAGGUCAAGUUUCUAGAAGCAUCAAGGCAGGCUGCCAUGGAGACCAUUUCCCAGUCAGUCGAUGGUCUGCACCUGCCUGAGAGCACGAGAGAUGUUGGCGCCAUGGUACUGAUGAACUCGAUGUGCAAUAAGAUACUCAAGCCCAUCGAUGGCUCUUGCUGCCAGAAUGCUCCUCCCCUGAGCAUCAUUCAGAAGCUAGCAGCUGUUCUCUUCCUGGUAUCCAUCAUCGGCCUUCUCAUCCUGAGUUAUAGCAGGCAACAUAAGAGCAAGCCCAUUACUGAUGUGGAAAGCCUUGAAGAAAAGAAGCCUGCCAUUGCUGCAGGCCAUCUCAACCCAAAGGGACCCUUACUGGCCAUUUUCAAAAUGAGCCUCAUCAUGUUGUACUUCUACCUGUGUGACAGGGCAGACAUCUUUAUGAAGGAACAGAAAUUCUACACACAUUCUACCUUUUUCAUCCCUCUCAUCUACAUUUUCGUUCUGGGAAUCUUCUACAAUGAUAACAGCAGAGAGACAAAACUAUUGAAUAGAGAACAAACAGAUGAAUGGAAGGGCUGGAUGCAGUUGGUUAUCCUUAUUUAUCACAUUUCUGGAGCUAGCGCUUUUAUACCUGUGUACAUGCAUGUCCGAGUCCUGGUGGCAGCAUAUCUCUUCCAAACAGGAUAUGGACACUUCUCAUUCUUCUGGCUGAAGGGUGACUUUGGUCUCUACAGAGUCUGUCAGGUUCUCUUCAGACUCAACUUUCUUGUGGUGGUGCUGUGUCUAGUUAUGGACAGGCCCUACCAGUUUUAUUACUUUGUGCCUCUGGUCACCUAUUGGUUUGUUGUUAUUUAUGCCACAAUGGCAUUGUGGCCGCAGAUUCUUCACAAGAAAGCCAAUGGUAGUGCAUUCUGGAAUCUGGCACUUUUGUUGAAACUUCUGGGUUUACUUCUUUUCAUUUGCUUCUUUGCAUUCUCGCAGGAACUCUUUGAGGGCGUUUUCUCUCUGUGGCCUAUUUCAAAGCUCUUUGAGCUGCAGGGCAACAUCCAAGAGUGGUGGUUCAGGUGGAAACUAGACAGAUUUGCAGUGAUCAAUGGAAUGCUCUUUGCCUUCAUAUAUCUGCUGCUGCAGAAGUGUCAAGUACUAUCUGAAAGCAAAGGAGAGCCUCUCUUCUCAACCAAGGUCUCCAACUGUCUGCUCUUCGUCUCUGUGGUGGCUUUUAUGACAUAUUCCAUAUGGGCCAGCGGUUGCAGAAAUAAAUCUGAGUGUAAUGAGAUGCACCCCUACAUCUCCGUUGUUCAGAUUCUGGCUUUCAUUUUGAUCAGGAACAUACCUGGUUACGCUCGCUCUCUGUACAGCUCAUUCUUUGCAUGGUUUGGCAAGAUAUCUUUAGAGCUCUUUAUUUGCCAGUAUCACAUUUGGCUGGCAGCCGACACCAAGGGCAUCCUGGUCCUUAUUCCUGGAAAUCCCACUCUGAACAUUAUUGUCAGCACCUUCAUCUUUGUUUGCGUAGCUCACGAGAUCUCUCAGAUCACAAAUGACUUGGCCCUGGUAGCCAUUCCAAAAGAGAGCGGGCCUCUGCUGAAGAGACUGCUUGGAGCAGGAGUCUUUCUAGUUCUGGUCCUGAUUCUGUCCCACAAAGAGUAAUCCAGGAACUAAGGGCCGGUCUGAUAACCAGCGAAUUUGUUUUGUGUACAAAACUCAAGCGGAACAGAAGUCAAGGGUUCUGGAGCAGCACUGGUGUGGGUAGAUAAACUCAAACAGUCCUGUUCAACCAGGAUUCUUGUACAGGAUGUUUGAAUAAGACAAGUUGCACAUAUUUGUGAAAUUUCCUCAUUGGGCAGAUAAGAUUAAAUCAAUGCUCCGUCUCUUCUUUCAAAGCUUUGAAAUGUGUAUUUUAUGGACAGUAUUUAAUAAUUUAAGUCUAUUUUAUACUGGGGUGUGUGUGUUUGUUUUCACUGUUUUUGUGUCCCUUUGUUUAUUUUGUUCUACAUGAUGCCCUUAACUGCAAAAUGUGAAGGAGUAAUACAUUCCUGCCUCUCACCUUCGCCAUGUACCAUCAGCUUGAAAACGAAUUAUUCAAGUUCUAUCACACCAGCAGCUUUAUCCUUCAGGGGAAUGACUUCUUUAGGAAAAUGCAAUCACAGAGUCCGCUCUGGAUUAUUGAAAUAUGAGCAACAGAGCAAUGGUUUUCUUGCUACUGAAAAAAAAUCAUCCACUGCAGCCUAAAGUCCAUUUCCCUACUGUCAUAAAAAACUGAUGGUGGUGAAUUUGUUCCACUGGGAUUGCUAGUGACUAUGUGGAUGUGAAAUACACGAUUUGCAUAUGGAAAGUGAAACAAACUAAUGGAAUCAAUAAGCAUGUACUGCUUUCAUUACCAAUGUUUUCCAACAGUCAAUGCUUUGCCAUUCUGGUCAUUCAUUUCAUUUGAAAGCUGGAUGACUGUUAGGCUUAGAUGUGAAUGGUAGAAGUUAAUUCUUAAAUCAAGUAAAAGAAAACGUGCUUUGAUCUACACGUACAGAUCAUUCUGAAUAUUGCGCCCAGCGCCCUCCAUUCUUUUUUACUUGCACUGAGCGGGGUGUUUUCCUGCAAACUUUAAGGCACUUGAGCCAGUGCAGUUACCACAUGGGUUUACCCGAUUCAUAUGAAUUCGGUUUCAUGUCUACAACCUCAUCAUUUAUUGAUCAGUGUGUGAAUUCAUAUCCUCUCUUGUUCAUGUUCAAUAUGAUGUAAUUUUUUUAAUACAUAUUACAUGUACAAAAAGGUUAAACAUUACAAUAGCAGUUUGCUGUAAAUAGACCAUGCAUUAAGUGCCAUCCAGAGACAUAAGACUAAUGUAUUGUUUGGGGCAUUAUUCAGCCUUUUAAUAGUGGUACUUAAAAUGUAUAAACCUAGUUAAUACUGAUCUUGCGGUUGUAAAACUAUUGAUAUUUUGACAUAUGAAUUUAAAAUAGAAUGGCAUUUUAAGAUAUUAGCCUCUUAUUUACUUGCCUUAUUGAAUAUGAACAUGUUAUUUGUUUUUUCUAAGCAAAGAAAAAGUACAGAUUAAAAUGACUUGUGCUAUCAACUGGCACACCCAUCCAGCUGUAAAUGUUUGUAUUUUAUUGUUUGAGGAACUCACCUUGUCUGUGUUGUUAAAUGAAAUUAUUUGUAUAGUUUGUUUUAUUUAAAGGAACCGGGGGGAGAAUUUGUGACAAAACAAAAUUAGUUUUGUCCUAAAAUGUGAAAAUAUUCUUCAUUUGGAAAUGCCUUCAUCUGAUUGUACAGUCAUUGUUAAUGAUAAACUUGUUCUCAAUAUGUCA